AUGGGGCGGCUGAGCCGAGAAGCCUGGGCCCAGCGCCUGGGCGCCUUUCGGGCCAGCCCGUCGGCUUUCAUAGCAGGCCCCGAGGGUGAGGGUUUGGGUCGCGACCUGCUGAGUGACCUGCGGAGCGAAAAGCUGAGCGAACAGACCAAGGUUUCCUUGCUGGCUCUAAGCUUGGAGUUCCCAGCCCAGCUAUGGCCCGAUGCGUCUGCGGCAGAGGCCGCUGCUACCUCCCUGCUGGACACCCUGGUCCUCCUAUCCCCACGGCCCUCAGCCCUCCGGCGGCCCCUGCUGCUGGCAGCCACCACAGUCCUGGUGGCAGGAGGCGCGCUGGGCCCCACUUCAGGAGCCUCUGGCCGUCUUCUGCCCUUGCUGCUAAGCCUGGCCUCCGGUCGAGGUCCGGGGCGGGGCUUUGGCCCGGCCUCAGAACAGCGCCCUCUGCAGGUCACAGCGUGUGAGUGCUUGCGGGAGCUAGAAAGCUGUCAGCCGGGGCUGCUAGGGGGCUGCCUGGGGCUGCUGCAGGGCCUGCUGGGGCCGGAGGGCCCGGUCCAGCCACUCAGCCUGCUGCUUGCUCUCGUUCUGCGCAAUGUCUUGGUGGCACAGGCCAGGACUGGGGCCAGCCUGCAGGGCCUCCUUACAGGCGGGGACUGCCCCACGGGGGAUGGCCCCCGGCCCUGGGACUGGACACUAGCCAAAGAAGGGCACGCCCACUUGCUGCCCCAGGCCCCCAGCUGGCCUGCAGCUGAGGAGGGGGAGUGUGGCCUUACGGCUCUAGAACCCAGUCCCGAGGAGGCCCGGGAACUGCGGGCCACUGUGGCUCAGCUCCUGGACGCGUCCUAUCUGCUCACUCCUGUGGCCCAGGCCCAGCUUCUGUGGCUGCUGGGCUGGGGCCUUCGAGGCCUGCGGGGCCAGCCACCAGCACUCUUCAAACCGCAGCUGGUCCGGCUGCUGAGUACAGCGCAGCUCACGCUACUGCACGCGGUUCUGGCGCUCAAGGCAGCCUUUGGCGAGGCCCUGUUCACAGCCCAGGAUGAAGUCUUGCUACUUCACCGGCUCACCAUGGCUGCCCAGCACCCGGCCCUGCCCCCACCCACCCACCUCUUCUACCUGCACUGUCUCCUGAGCUUUCCCGAGAACUGGCCACUAGGCGCUGCGGGAGAGGAGACUAUCCCACUGCUGCUAGGGCCCCGGCUGUGCCAGGGCCUCCUGCCUAGUCUUCUGCAGGAACCCAUGGCUCUCCUUGCCCACCUGCACUUUCUGUGCCUGCUCUGUGCAGAGGAGGAGGAGGAGGAGGAGAAAGGUCAGGUUCAGAUCCUGCGGCGCUACCUGGACGAGCUGCUGGCUGGCCUGCGGCAGAGGGCUGCCCUGGCUGGGGGCCCCCGGGCCUCUGCCGCGCUCUGCUUCCAGGCCUCAUACCUGGUUUUCCGCUGCCUGGCCAGGCAGUCCACAGUGCUGACUUCUCUGACCCACGGACUGGCCCAACUGUACCAGGCCAGGCCUGCCCUGGCCCCCCAUUUUGUGGACUUCUUGGAUCGUGUGGGCCCUGAGCUGGGGGAGCCCCUGAGGGUGUUGUUGCGGCAGGAGGUGGUGUUGGGGACGGGCAGGGAUGGGGCCCUUCGCUGGCACCUGCAGAUGCUGGCAAGGGUGGCAGACAGGGAUGCCCAGAGCCCCACGCUGCGGUUCCUGCAGACUGCAGCCCGCCACUGCACAGACUGGGGCCUGCAGCAGGCCCUGCUGCGGGUCUGCCGGACCCUGCUGCGAGCGGGGGUGGCGGGUCACCUGGCGGAUACGCUGCAGGCGCUGGCUGGGCAGCUGGAGGACCCUGACUGUCGAGACCACGCCCGCCUCUACUACUUCCUCCUGGUCCACCUGUCUGGGCCCAAGCUGGGGGCAGCCCUGGGCCCCUCGCUUGCCACGCCUGCACUGGCCUCCUCGCUGGUGGCCGAGAACCAGGGCUUUGCAGCAGCCCUCACGGUCCAAGAAGCGCCGGCCUCCUUGAAGCUGAGCGUGGGGCCCCGCAGGGUCGACGGUCCAGGCCCGGUGCUGCAGCUGCAGUUGGAGGCGCUCCAGCCGCUGUACUCCUUGGAGCUGCGCUUCGGUGUAGAGGCCCAGGUCUACGAGCCCCUGGGGGCCGUGCACGUGCCUUGCCUGCACCCUGGCCGCCCUGCCCGCCCUCUGCCCCUGCCACUGCAGCCCCGGCGCCCGGCCCCCGCGCGCCUCGACGUCAGCGCCCUCUACACCACGCCCACCGGCCGCACGUGCCACGCCCAGCUGCCCCCCCUGCAGGUGAACUUCUCGGACCUCUUCCUGCCGUUUCCGCGGCCCCCAGAGGGGGCAGAGCGGGACUUCUUUGAGGAGCUCUGGGCCUCCUGCUUACCGAAAGGCGCUGAGAGUCGCGUGUGGUGCCCUCUGGGACCACAGGGCUUGGAGGCCUUGGUGUCCCACCACCUGGAGCCCUUUGUGGUGGCCGCCCAGCCCCCUGCCAGCUACUGUGUCGCCAUCCGCCUGCCGCCGGCCUCCAGGUUGUUGCUGCGGCUGGGAGCCGCCCACACAGACGGAGUCCCUGUGGCCCUGCGGACUGACGACUGGACCGUGCUGCCCCUCGCGGGGGACUUCCUCCGGGGGUUGUCGGCUGCGGCCUGA